AUGGCGCUGGCCCCUAGGUCCAACAGCCGCGGUAGCGACCGCAACGAAAACCAGGACCGAAACCAGGACGUACACAGCGUCUCGCGCCACAGCUUUUCGCGCCAUAGCGUCUCGCGCCACAGCGUCAGCAGCCAGGGUGCCCGGCCAAAGAAGCAACGGCGCCCAGCGAGUCAGCAACAGCGGACGCGAGAGGAACAGAAGGAAUGGACAACGCCACCUUUGAGAGAGUUGAUCCCCGGCGAAGUGCGCAGCAAAGUCCUGGGUCUCGCGGGGAAGGGUUCUGCUUUGAUCAUCGAGAUGCUGUGGAGCACCAGCGCCUACCUGCCAGCACACAACGGUGGUUUGAAAUACAAAGAGGUUGCCAGCAAUCUGAAGGAGCUCAUGGAAGGUCGGAUAUCAAGAGGGUUUCCACUUCCAGUGCUCACCAUCGAUGAGCCGGUACCCAUCAAGAAGCGAGUUGCCGGCAUCUACGAUCGAUACUCCGAGUGGGAACGAUCUUUCGGUUUGGUUGCUUCAAAUAGUUCCUACAGCUACGCAGCGCCCAGUCGUGUCGGGGCUUUCGAGGUACACCUUGUGCAAGGCAGUUGGGAUGCCCAGCUUUGCGCCGCUGGGCCUUUGCCAAAGGAUCAAACACAUCGAGGUCCACCCGUCAGCGGUUCCUUGGGUAUUUUGUGCUCUGCCUGCGCUUUGCGACACUCAGAGGGCGCUCCGAGUCAAAAGGAGCAAAGGAUGAGUUCUGAACAAGCAAAAGAGUACGAGAAGCAGAUGCAGCAGCAGCAUUCGUUGCUUCAUUCCAAGCUCUGGACCCGACGCUGGCCCGGCCUGCGCUUUUUGGUGGGCCGCAUUGGUGCCAUCCUCAUUCGACCAGUACCAGAUGUGGCACGGCCUGUGUCGAUGCGAAAAGUGGACUUCAAAAAACGCAGCAGCCCUUUGCUCGAGCGCUUCAACUUCGCUUUCAGCCGCAAGGCAAUUUCCUUACCUCCAGAUCCAGUACAGGCCAUUCGACAGGAGCUCGCAGCCCUGGACUGCCCAGCCGCCAAGGGUUGGUUCAUCACCGUGGACGAAGGGCCGGAGAUUUUGUGUCGCUGCGGCGGUGGCUCGCACCGCUUGGAAGUGGCACAGGUGCUGGGCAUUCUGCAAAGCCUAGGUUUCGAUGAUUCAGCCUUCCACUCUUUCUGCCUGGCACAGAAGGGAAGUUGGAAGGGGCAAGGCGUGAAUGAGUUCAUUGCCCAUUUCUUGAAGUUGGAGAUGCAGCACACCCUGGACCAAAAGCAGGAAGAGCACGCCCGAGAGACUUCUCGACGAAAAGCCCAGGAGGAAUUGGCGUAUCAGCACUUCAACAUGACCCAGCAGGGGCACUUGACAGAGCAGGAUGAGAUUUGCAAGGAGUACAAGAAGUCCUUCGAGGAUAGCCACGCUGAGGCAGAACGAAUCUAUGCACCUCGGUCACCUCAGGUGACUUUGUGCCUCUUCCUGGUGCGGCGCCUUCCCUCGCACGGCUUCGAUCUGCGUCGCUUGGACAGCGGCGAAGCGACAGCGGAGGAAGCGGCCCAGGUGGUGGCAGAGGCGCUGAAACUGAACGACGAACGACGACAGAAGUGGUCCGGCUGGUACCAGGAGGUGGAGAGCUGGAAGAGGAACGACUCAGAGGAGGAGCUAGCAAUUUUUGAGUCCAUCCUCAGCCAACGCCCUGACAUUGCAGAAAUGCUGGCCUACAAGGAGAACGAAGAGCAACGUUUGGAGCAGGAUAUUCAGAGCUUUGAAUUAAAGAUGCACCAGGCCUACCCAAAGCCGGAGUUCUACCAAGGGCGAAUCAACAACUUGAAGGACACUUUCCUGCGGCUGCUGGCUGACUACCACCAAACGGUGGCGGGAGAAGCAAGCCGUUAG